GGUUGGCGAGAGCAGUAAAGGCAGUCAUUUUCCAGAAUCAGUGUUCAGACUGUAACUGGUUUGGACUAGGAGUACUGGAGAAGCAAGCAAAAUAGUUUUGGAUUUGGAGGUUUGCCAGAAGGCAGGGAAGAACAGUAGCAAGGUGGAUAUAAUGAACGGUAAAUCUACGAACGGUACAGCAGGCAGUACACUGGCCUGCAUCGAAGGGCUACCCCCGUUGCCGAAGAGUCUAAGCGGCUUGCUGAAUUCGAGCGGCGGGUCUUGGAGAGAGAUGGAAAGGAUGUACGCCAAAAAGACCAUGAUCCAAGACGAUCUAAGCCGCGGCCGCAGCAAUGCUGACAAUAUGUUGGCGAAUAAACCAGCUAACCUGGAUGCAGCCCUGGCGCUUCUGAGAAAAGAGAUGGUGGGGUUGCGUCAGCAGGAUAUGUCGUUGCUGUGUCAGCUUUGGUCACUCCAUGAGUCGAUCCAGGAGUAUAAAGGCAGCUGCCAGGACCUGAGUGCGGCGUCCAGUGCGGACGGCCCUUAUGGGAUGGAGAAUGGCUACUUCGAUGAAGAUGAAGAAUACUAUCAGGAUGCCAGCCCUACCGAGCAACCGGAUGUAAGCGAAUCUCUGAAAAACGGGAACACCAAGGACAAAUGGCUGCACGACUCAUUCCAUAUCACAAUUUGAAGUACCCAAGAAUGAUAUGGUAUUUUGCGCCAACGCUUGAUUCAACCUUCUUACUCGAGUCAAUUCGCUUUUAUACAGUGCCGUCCCAGGCAUUCAGUUUCGCUGGCUUUUAGUCACUUUUCUCAGUAAAGUUUUCUAUAAAAAGAUAUAAAUAAAAUUGCGUAUUUAUUAUUAUAUAUAAUAAAUAAAUAUGAGUUUCUUUUUGACGUAGAGUAUAUUGGACAUUUUAGUAGGGUAAUACUGGUUGUGAGGACUCCCAGGUUUUUUUUUUCUCUCUCUUCACUUAUGUUUACAGUGACAAUAACCCUGAAUUCACAGGAACUGGGCCAUUCUUGGUAAAUGCACUUACGUCAUUUUAUAGUAGCUAUUUGCAAAUCAAGUUUGGUGAUGGUUGAUGGCUGUCCUAUAUUUGUGUUUUGAGAUCAUCCACUGACGUGCAACAUGCAUGCAUUAUAAUUUGACGUGAAUAUUUAAUACAGGGGCCAUCACCCAGAAAUGGAAUUUGAAAAUGUGAAAAAAGAUAAAUGCUGGAAACAUUCUCCAUGUUGAAACUGGAAAUACAGGGUAAAUAAGCAUGUGGUCACACAAGUCGAGUGUGGUCCCUUUUACUCUGCUAGUUGUAGUUGUCCUUUCCUAUCUCAGUAGCUUGUCCUGUCAGUUUUUUGGGAAGGCUCAACACAGGAAAUCUUCUGUAGAUAAGUUACCCGUAUCCCAUGAAGGCUUGUGCCCAUAAUCACUAUUCCCUUUGUGGCAAAGGUAGCUUCUGCUGCUGCUUCUGGCACUUGCCAUCAUGGAUUUGGCAUUUAGGCAAACUCCAAAAGGAGCUUUACAUGAAUGACCCUCGCUGCACACCUUUAAAAUACAUGGUGCUACUAGGCUUGUCUUCCUCUAUAGCCAAUUGAAUCUAAUCUCGGCGCAACCUCUAUGCACUCUUGUUCAUCAGCUGCCUUUUUAAGAUGCAUGGCUGCCUGUGAAGGGAAUGUGGAGGACAGGCUUUUGGGUACAAAGUGUCUCUGUGAAAAGAGUUGAACCGAGUGCAGUCUGGUCCCCAACAUCAGUACAGUGGUGAGUUUGCAGUGAGCUAACCAAAGAAUUAAUGUGUACUGAAAACAUUAGAACAUAAGAAUGGUGGAUUGUACCAUGAAAUAUACUAAAUGAAUUUUGAUGUUUAAACACUUGCAGCACUUGCAUUAUUAGUAUAUUAGUAUUGGUAAAUUAGUAUUUUUAUUAUCGCUAUAGGCUGUUUCUAUGGGUGAGUUGUGGUGUGGAAAGUGUUCAAGCUCGAUGGCCAUUGGUGCAAAAAUCGAUCACCCUGUACACGUGAUGAAAGUAGCUUGCAUUCCAAAAUGUUGGCCUCCGUUCAAGAAAUGGAGAGAAAUGUCCUGGUAUAACCUCCCAGUUAUCAACUUGAACCCGACAUCAGUUGCAUUCUAUACUAUUUUCUACCUCUUGCUAUGUAUGGAUGAGCAUUAAAAUGCUGAAUUGUCUUUUUUCCAUGCUUCAAAAUGGACAGCGGUGUGAUGCGUUUCCAUGUCAUUUCAAGCUGAUUGGUUCCUAUUUCAUGUAUGUUUAAUGGAAGGUCUCAAUAAGACCUGCUUCCACAUCAGUCUGCGAGUAAAUGUUUUACCCGGACAAACGUGAUGCGUGAUCAUUUGUACAAGCUAAUAUCUGCAAGCUAAAAAUAGCUAAAUACUGGUAUGAUCUGUCAUACAUACCCUCAAAGAAUGCAAGAAUUGACUUUGUUAACUGAAUUGAAAACUGAGUUCUAAAGUAACACUAAGCUACCUAUGGCAUCAGCAGCGAGAUUUAGUACUUCCAGUGAAUUGUAUUUUUCCAUUUUUAUUUCUUCUAUUAAAAAGUUAUGUUCUAUUUUAUCUCUAGAAAAACCUCCCAGCAGUUUCACUGUGUGCCUUUUAGCCAUGGUCUUUAACCUUGGCUUUUGAUGUAAUUUUAUUAUUAAUUUUGGUUUCAGUUCAACAUAAGCAAUCGCAGGUGAUCUGGACAAUGUCUUUAUUUUCCGCAUAUUAAGGCUAUUGGUGCACCCUGUUCAUCUCGCACUUCACAAUGGCAUGAUGCAUAUUUCUGUGGCGUUUUGUGUUUAGCAUUUUCACCAGCAACUAUUUAGCUGUGAAAUUUAGCACUUCAUUAUUACACAGGUGUAUGUUGUAUUUAAUUAAAUAACCAUCUUGUUUCCAUUGAUGGGAUGGGUACAUCCCAUCCUGGUCAAAGAUAUGUGAAGUGUAAAUGUUCACAUUAGCCUAACUGAAGACAAAGCAAUGUUAAGAGAUUUAUUGCCACAGUCACUGUGUAACCUGUAUUGCAUUGGAUCUAUAUCAGGCUCUGUAGAUAGCAAUAUAUUAUAAAACGUUAGAGACAUCUUCCAAUAUGUUUUUUAAUUUCCACACAUUACAUUUUCAUAUCUGUAAGUAAGGAUACACUUUUACAUAAUGUGUCCUAACAUGUCAAUUUAAUUGGUAUAAAUCCAGUUGGAACUGUCAGUAACAAUGUCUUUCAGGAGAGGACAGAUGUUAAACGUGCUUAAUGAAAUCGGGGUAUGGGCAGUCUUGGUGUGUGACUGCUAGGCCUAUAUCUUACACUUGAACAGUGUUUACACUUUCAUUUUCCAAAUCAAAGCUGUGUUUGGUCUUAUCCAUUUCUUAAAUCAGAUUUUUUUUUCCCCCGCCGUAUGACCAUACUACUGUAUGACAAUUUUGGUAUUUUUUUUGUAUGCUCUCUAAUGUGAAAAUUAAACUUAUGGAUUAAUUAAAAUAUCAA